GACAAAAGUUAGAGACCAUAAUUUUGGUGACUUCCUAGCAGUGAAGAGAUGGACAUUUCUUCCUAUUUCCUCCUCCCUUUUCUUCAUCUUUUUUCUUGCAAAAACAUGAUCAGAUCUCUUCAGUUUUAGUUCCCUGAGGGAUUUGGAUGGGCAAAACUCUCAAGAAAAACCCUAUAAAUCCCUUUCGUCUUCUGAAAAUAAUCAUGACAUCCAUAACCUCGGCAUGCUUGUCCUGGAUUCCAGCCUUGUGGAACAAAUUAGCAGUACUAGGACUAGGAGAGAUCCUAGGAAGGCCGUACAGACACAUUCCCGACGAAGUCCUCCUGCAAAUUCUCAGCAAACUCCCGGCUAAAUCUGUCCUAAGAUGUCGAUGCGUCUGUCGGAGAUGGAAGGCCUUGACCUCCACUCAGGAAUUUGCGCAGUUGCAUUUCCCCCACAGCGUUCCAGUGGUUAUUGUUGUCCGGCAGAGGGAAGCUGAUGGGGAGCAGAAGGAAAUAUAUUUGGUCGACACAUGUGAAUCCACAGAAGAAACAGCAACCCCGCAGAGCAAUCGUUGUAGAAUCAGCGUUAACUCUGUCAGGCCGGUUUCCAAAUCCGAUCGCCAAGAAUUCUCGUAUUCUUCCAAUGGCUUGGUCAUUUUCCGGGAGGAGUUCCGGAGAUCAACCGCCGGGUUGGAGCACUACGUCCUCCUGAAUCCCCUUACGCGGCAGAAGGUGAGAUUAAUCACCCCUAAAGGUCUGAUUUACGGAAUCUUUUCCAACCCUUUUGCCAAAGAUCAGCACUGUUUGCUCUGGGGAGGAAGAUUCCAACGCGAAAACGGGAGCAUGCCGUUCAGAAUAGUUGUUUUGGGUGGCGGGUCGAACUCGGAAUCAGAACAAUCUGAUGAAUCACAAACAUCUUGCUGCUGGAGAGAGCUGUACGAGGAUGAUGAUGCUCCGUUUUCAUACCAACCCAGGGCUCAAACUCCUCCGGUAAUCGUAGACAACGUUCUUUACUGGAUGGUUGGAAAUCGAUAUGCAAUUGCAAGGCAGAGUUCGCCCUCGCCCCUUCCGAGGACUAGGUUGGCUCCUCGUUGUGCAGAAUCAAUCAUGAAAUUGGACACGAAAACAGAGAAAUUCUCCGUGAUGCCUCAUCCAGGUCCGCAAAAUCAAUACUGCAAGGACGAUCCUGAGCACAGCAGGAUGCAUUUGGUAGAAAUGGAUGAUCGCGGUUUCCUCUGCUUGUGUGAAUCCUCCUUGUUCGAAGAGUCGAUCAACAUCUGGAUCUUGAGGCACCAAGAUGACGGAAACAGCACUAGACCAUCUUGGAUCAGAUGGCACAGGGUUGGCAUUGACUUGGAUGUAGACCGCUUUCCAUUUACCACCUCGAGAUCGAAUCAUAACGUCCAACCUGUUGUGAUCGUAGGCAAAGAAUUACUACUGGAAUGGCCAAACAGGGGGCUAUUUGGCCUGAAUUUGGAGAAUGGUACAGUGAGGAUAUUUGACAGAAAACUUGAGUAUAGAACCAAUGCUUCCAUGUAUGCUCAUACUCCUAGCUUUGUCCCUCUAAGCAACUGCGAGCCCGAAAUCUUGAUGUCCACAUAGGUAGGGGUAUACCCAUCUAUUUAGGACUCUUCAAGUUCAAUCAACUUGGUUUUCAAUCGGUUGCUGGAUUUAGCUAUUGGUAUGGUCAGAAGGCCACGGUGCAUCUUCCUGAUUACAUUCUCGCCUGCUCUAUGCAUUUGAUCAGUUCAUGGUAAAUCCUUUGAUUGCCAUUUAAUACUACUAUACUCCAUUUGUCUUCUGCACCUCGAUCUGAUAUUGCGUUUCUGUAUCAAGGCUUUUUGGCCCAGUGAUCUUACCGUUACCCUUGAUUAAUUCAUGAGCUGUGUUUUUGUGGA